AUAGAAGGAAGGCGAAUGUCGCACUGUGAUUGGUCGCCGUCCCGAGAGGCAGGGCGGGAAUUUCCAUAUGACCCCGAAUUCGAUAUGGCGGCCUCCAUAGCGCGGCGAAUGCCGAGCUUGCUGCUUUGCUCCCUCCGAAGCGGCUGCCGCCCGCGCCGAGAGACGCCGGGGCCGUGCAGGGAAAGGAGCCUCAGCAGCUCCGGGGGGGUCCCGAGCCGCACCCGAAACCUCCUGUAUGAGCACGUGCGUGAGGGCUACAGCGCGCGCCCCCAGCUGGACAUGGAGAGGCUGUGCGCGCAUCCAGAAGAGGCUGCGCGUGCCUUGGAGCACCGCAAGGGGGAGCUGAGACCGGCCGACCUGUCGGAGAUUAUUUCCACUUGGCAGUCCCUGGGGAGGCUGCGGAAGGAGGUCCAGACGCUGGAGGAGGAGAAGGCAGCCGUGGCUCAGCAGAUAAAGGCUCUCGUGGACAGCCGGGAUGCAGAUUCCCUCCAACAGGACCCUGUCUAUCAGAGCACCCGGGCCCGGGGAAGGGCCAUCCGGACACGUCUGGCCGCCCUCUAUGCCGACGAGGCCCACCUGGAGGAGCUUUUCUACACGCGAGCUCUUCGACUCCCCAACGAAACCCACCCCGAUGUGCCUGUCGGUGACGAGAGCCAGGCCCGUGUCCUGGAGGUGGUCGGAGAGAAGCCAACCUUCGCCUUCCGCCCGCGGGGCCACCUGGAGAUUGGGGAGCAGCUGGACAUCAUCCGCCAGAAGCGCCUGUCCCACGUGUCCGGACAGCGGUCCUAUUACCUCCGGGGCCCCGGAGCUCUGCUGCAGCACGCGCUGGUCAGCUUCACCCUCGGAAAACUGGUGCAGCGGGGCUUCACAGCCAUGACGGUGCCAGACAUGCUCAGAGGGGCAGUGUUUGAGGGCUGCGGCAUGAGCCCCAAUGCCAGCCCCUCUCAGAUCUACAACAUCGAUCCUUCCCGGUUUGAGGACCUUAACCUGGCGGGGACGGCGGAGGUGGGGAUUGCAGGGUACUUCAUGGAUCACGCAGUCUCCUGGAAGGACCUGCCCAUCAGGGUGGUCUGCUCCAGCACCUGCUAUCGGGCAGAGACCAACACAGGAAAGGAGCCCUGGGGGCUCUUCCGAGUCCACCACUUCAGCAAGGUGGAGAUGUUCGGGCUGACGUGUGCAGGGACCGAGCACAGCGCGGCGCUGCUGGAGGAGUUCGUGGGCCUGCAGAAGGAGAUCCUGACCGAGCUCGGCCUGCACUUCCGGGUCCUGGACAUGCCCACCCAAGAGCUCGGCCGGCCCGCCUACCGCAAGUUUGACAUUGAGGCCUGGAUGCCGGGCCGAGGCCGCUAUGGAGAGGUCUCCAGCGCC